CGAGAUGGACUGGCUGGGACGCGUCUGUACGGGGACACGUUCGCUGUUAGACUGGUGGCAGGAAAACGGACUGGAAGACUUCCCACCCACUAUCACGCAACACCAACCGGCGACGCCAAAAGUCCCAUCUUCCAACACGAUGAAGGAGGUAGUGACUCGAUGAUGAAUCGCCCUCUUUUCGGCAUGCGCAACAACAGCAACACGAGUUUGGUGCACGAGACACUAUCGCGUUUUCCCUUUUUUUUCUUGGCUCAAAUCUGCGACGCCCCGCUGAAAGAAGAAGAAAUUCCGUCGAGACUCGCCGCCAUUCACUGGCAGAAGCAUCGCAAUUCGAUGUAGUGUGAAUACAUUCAAAUGACGGGUCGGAUUGACUGAGUGAGUGAAUAAAUUAGUCCUCACUCAGUAUACAACUCCCAAGACAAAAACGAUUGACACCGAAAAGAAAAAGGAAGGAUAAAGAAGAAAAUUGAUCAGUGUGAUCCCGAAGGACUUUCUCCCCAGCCGGAAAUUCAAAUUUUCAAUUCGCAGAGCUUGUGACAUGUCUACAUUAGCAAAAACACCUGUCCUAUCUUUUAUGAUAGAAGGUUCAGAAACUCUUCAAACAUUUUCGUGUGUUAAUUUGUAAGUACAUGUUCGGUAUGAUCUUGGAUAGCAUCAAAAGAUCGAUCCCCGUCACCUAAAUAUGCUGCCAUCCGAGUUUAUUUAUACACUUCGUGUUCAUUGAGCUCACAAAAGCUGCGGUAUGUAUGUAGAAAGAUAUGUAGAAACCAUGACCCGUAUAUGCUUGUUUUUGUUUUUUUACCCUGAAAAAAAAAGCAUGAACCGGAUGAUGGAAUCGUGUGCUCGAUCGCUGAUCGUUUGUCGGAAUCGAAAAACCUAGCUAUCCAUCAUGUCGUUCAAUAUUUAUUUUAAUGUCGUUUUCUUUCGUUUAAUAGCUUUCAGGGACUUUAAAAACCUAUCGCUAGAUGGCUUUAUGGUGGAUUAUUUGUCAAUACGUCUAGUCAAUGGUUAACCAAAACACCUGUACUGCAUUUUAAUGAGAUGUGUUCGAUUGGAACGUGAUCCCGAAACAAUUUAAUGUACAUGCUCUGUUGGAACUGCAGAUUUUGAAGAAAUUUGUUUGUUUCAAGAGCUUGUUCUUUUUUGUAUCCCACCAAUUGAAUUUUGAAUAGUUCCACUGCCAUUUACUGCCAGUUUGUUUUCAGUACCAAGAAUAAGAAUGCAGCGCAUUGAUUUAACUCAACCCAAGUGGGAUCAGAGCACCUUCUCAGGAAGAUUGAAGCACUUCUUUUGGGUUACUGACCCCAGGUCCUGCAUAGUUUCCAGCCAACAGCUUUAUGAUGCCAAACACUUAAUUGAGAAAUAUAAGAACCACCAAGAACCACCAGGAACUACAAGCGAACAAGUUUGGUAUGCAAAGAAACUCUACGAGUCAGCAUUUCAUCCUGACUCUGGUGAGCUCCAAAAUUUCUGUGGCAGAAUGUCUUUCCAAGUUCCGGGAGGCAUGCUCAUCACUGGCUUCAUGUUGCAGUUUUACAGGACAGUUCCUGCUGUGGUGUUUUGGCAGUGGGUCAACCAAUCCUUCAACGCUCUGGUGAAUUACACCAACCGUAAUGCCAAGUCAGAAGUCUCAUCGGCUCAAUUGGGCGUGGCAUACGUUUCGGCGACAACAUCCGCGUUAGUCACCGCCCUCGGUCUCAAGUCCUUCUUGGAAAAAAGGGCCGGAAGUCUCUUACAACGUUACGUACCAUUUGCUGCUGUGGCGGCUGCCAAUUGCAUAAAUAUCCCUCUUAUGCGCCAGUCCGAAUUGAUCAACGGCAUCGUCGUUUACGAUGAAAACGGAAAUGCUGUCACAGAAUCUCGCUUAGCCGCUGCAAAAGGAAUUACGCAAGUUGUAAUUUCGCGAAUCGUAAUGGCAGCUCCUGGAAUGACUUUAUUGCCCUUGGUGAUGGAAAAAUUGGAAAGCUAUUCCUGGAUGCAAAGAAUUAAAUUUUUACAUGCUCCUUUCCAAAUCUUCGCCUGCGGCGCUAUUCUCACUUUUAUGACUCCUGCUGCGUGCGCUCUUUUCCCUCAGCGAUGUUCGCUGGAUGUCUCAACGCUAGAACGAUUUGAGCCCGAACAAUAUGAAAAGCUCAGAAAAAUCAAUGCUGAUGGCUCGAUUACUAAAGUCUAUUUCAAUAAGGGACUAUGAUCAGUAAUUGGCAGUUGCCGUCUGAACACACAUGAUUUUAUUGACAACAGCUCCAUCCUUGUCUUCACAAAAAAUUGAUAAUCAACAAACCCAGUUUGGUUUAUCAAUUCUGUCAUUUUGGUAUAGUUAUCCACUGUAAAUGCUGAAAGUAAUUUGAGAGAUAUUAUAGGUUUUACAUUUGUAACUGCCAUUUGCAACUGCAUUAGGAGAAAAAUGAGUCAGGCGAUUGAAUGGUGCCAUGUUCAUGCUAUUGGAAUACACCUUACUUGCGGCUGACAAA